AUGGGGAAUCAGCUGGCAGGGAUCGCUCCCGCCCAGAUUCUAUCUGUCGACAGCUACUUCUCUGAUAUCCAUGAUCACGAGUAUGACAAGAGCCUGGGCAGCACGCGCUUCUUCAAGGUGGCACGCGCCAAGCACAGGGAAGGCCUGGUGGUGGUGAAGGUGUUUGCCAUCCAGGACCCAUCUCUACCUCUCACCAGCUACAAGCAGGAGCUGGAGGAGCUAAAGAUCAGACUACAUUCCUGCCAGAACUGCCUGCCCUUCCAGAAGGCCUCCCUCACUGAGAAAGCAGCCAUCCUCUUCCGCCAGUAUGUCCGGGACAACUUGUAUGAUCGCAUCAGCACGCGGCCCUUCCUCAACAAUGUAGAGAAGCGCUGGCUAGCCUUCCAGAUCCUCACCGCCGUAGACCAGGCGCACAAAUCGGGCGUGCGCCACGGUGACAUUAAGACCGAGAACGUGAUGGUGACCAGCUGGAACUGGGUGCUGCUCACAGACUUUGCCAGCUUCAAGCCCACCUAUCUGCCCGAGGACAACCCAGCUGACUUUAAUUACUUCUUUGACACAUCUCGACGGAGGACAUGUUACAUCGCCCCCGAGAGGUUUGUGGAUGGGAGUAUGUUCACCACAGACAGUGACCAGAAUACCCCUCUGGUGGACCUCACCAGCAACAGCCAGAGGAGCAGGGGAGAGCUCAAACAGGCCAUGGAUAUCUUCUCAGCAGGUAACUUUCAGAGCUGAAACAUAUAGAUAUUUUCUGUUCAGGGGCAAUAAAGAGAGAUAGGUGGAUGCCAUGGACUCGUCCAAUUUACUAGUAGUUGUAGGUUCAACAUUGAGUGUUUAAUCAUCUAAUGUACAUUCCCCUUCCCUGACUGUUAUUUCAUGUGUUUUUCAGGUUGUGUGAUCGCAGAACUCUUCACAGAGGGAGUACCACUGUUCGAUCUCUCCCAACUUCUGGCGUAUCGCAAAGGACACUUCCAGACAGAGCACGUUCUCAUGAAAAUAGAAGACUGUUACAUCAGAGAGCUAGUAAUAGUCAAUAUGUUUUGUUUUUACAUGAAGACGUUCUUGUGAAAUACUAAAUUCAUCCUGAGCACCAAUUCUUAAGUGUACCGCUGUCUCCUGGUAACCACCAAAACUCUCUUUUCACCUCCUAGGUGGCCCAGAUGGUGCAGCGGGAGCCGGAGAAGCGUCUAACUGCGGAGGAGUACCUGAAGCAGCAGAGAGGUAAUGCCUUCCCAGACAUCUUCUACACCUUCCUGCAGCCCUACAUGGCCCAGUUUGCCAAGGAGACCUUCCAGUCGGCAGACGAGCGUGUGCUGGUCAUCCGCAAGGACCUGGACAACAUCCUCCAUAACCUCCGCGGGGGAGGGCCAGGCGGGUCCUCGGAGAAGCCUGAGAAGGGGGACCAGGAGUCGGGUGUGGUGUCGGCCAAGGAGGAGCAGGGCCUGGUGGUGCUGGUGUCUGUCAUCACCUCCUGCCUCCAGACGCUGCGUUCCUGCGACUCCAAGCUGGCGGCUCUGGAGCUGGUGCUGCAUCUGGCGGGCCGCCUUAGGGUGGAGACGCUGCUGGACCGCAUCACGCCAUACCUGCUGCACUUCUGCAGCGACCCGGCGCCGCGGGUUAGGGCCCAGGCUGUGCACACCCUAGCCAAGGUGCUGGCACUGGUGAAGGAGGUUCCCCGUAACGAUGUCAACAUCUACCCCGAGUACAUCCUGCCAGGCAUUGCCCACCUGGCGCAGGACGAUGCCACCAUCGUCAGGCUGGCAUACGCAGGUCAGUUGGGUUGACAAUGACUACGGGUCGCUCUAAAUAUGAUUACACACCUAAUAGUCCAAAGGUUGACAGUGUUUAUGUUGUUUGUAAUGCCUAGUCAUUCCCCCCUCUCCUUUUCUCAGAGAACAUAGCCCACCUGGCUGAGACAGCUUUGCGGUUUUUAGAGCUUGUUCAGGAGAAUAACCUGAAUAUGGAGCACGACUUGAACGGAGAGGACACAGAGGAGACCCUUCAUCCCAACGAGAACUACGACUCUGGUAAUUUUAAGGCCUCCUCUCUCUCAAAUAUCAGCUCGGAGGUAGAGCUCCCUAUAUUCUGUUCUGACUUCCUGUUCCUCCUGACAGAGCUGCAGGCGCUGCAUGAGAUGGUACAGCAGAAGGUGGUUACGUUACUGAGCGACUCAGAGAACAUCGUCAAGCAGUCUCUGAUGGAGAACGGCAUCACGCGGCUCUGUGUGUUCUUCGGCCGGCAGAAGGCCAACGACGUGCUCCUGUCCCACAUGAUCACCUUCCUGAAUGACAAGAAUGACUGGCACCUCCGGGGAGCCUUCUUCGACAGCAUCGUGGGUAAGGGGCAGGACUGUGCCACAGACACGGUGCCCACACUUAGUCACUCAAAUACGCUAAUGGACAAAGCUGGAUGUGUACAUGCAGGAAGUCUCAUUGAUACAGACAUAGAAUGUAUUUUCUCUCCAUUGACCCCUGUCUUUCUCUUUGCGCUCUCUUCUGCCUCCCCCCUCCCUCUUGGUCUCUGUCUUUUACUUUUCUCUUUUACUCUCUCUCUCCCUCUUUUUACAUCUCUCCCUCUCUCUCUCCCUCUCUUUACAUCUCUCCCCUCUCUCUCUCCCUCUCUUUACAUCUCUCCCUCUCUCUCUCCCUCUCUUUACAUCUCUCCCUCUCUUUACAUCUCUCUCUCCCUCUUUCCAUCUCUCUCUCUCUCUCUCCCUCUUUACAUCGCUCUCUCCCUCUUUCCAUCUCUCUCUCUCCCUCUCUUUCCAUCUCCUCUCUCUCUCUCUCCCUCUCUUUCCAUCUCUCCCCUCUCUCUCCCUCUCUUUCCAUCUCUCUCUCUCUCCUCCUCUCUCCCUCUCUUUCCAUCUCUCCCUCUCUUUCCAUCUCUCCCUCUCUCUCCAAUUCCUCCAGGUGUGGCGGCGUACGUGGGCUGGCAGAGCUCGUCCAUCCUGAAGCCCCUCCUGCAGCAGGGUCUGAGUGAUGCGGAGGAGUUUGUCAUCUACAAGGCCCUCAACGCUCUCACCUGCAUGUGCCAGCUGGGCCUGCUGCAGAAACCACACAUCUACGAGUUUGUCAGUGACAUCGGUGAGAGAGGGUAGAGAGGGGUUUAGAGACGGCAGUGGAAGGAGAGUGUUAUUACUAUUUGGCCAUGUAAAAAAGGCACUUUUUGUGAUGAACUUUUCCCCCCUUAUUUUGAAAAGCCCCAUUCCUGUGCCACCCCAACCUGUGGAUCCGCUACGGGGCGGUGGGCUUUAUCACUGUGGUGGCCCAGCACCUCAACAUAGCAGACGUCUACUGCAAACUGAUGCCUCACCUCAACCCCUUCAUCACCCAGCCCAUCAUACAGGUAGGACUUCCACACACGCUCACUUACCACCUUCGUGUGUAACACAUUGAAAGAAUCUCCCAGACUCGUAUUAAAUUAUGUUAUACUGUGCUAUGUUAUGGUGUGCUGUACUGUGCUAUGCUGUGUUAAAUGAGGCUGUUUCCUCUCAGAUCGAUAAAGAGAUAGUGCUGCUGAGUGUGCUGAAGGAGCCAGUGAGCCGCUCCAUCUUCGACUACUCCCUGCGCUCCAAAGACAUCGGCAGCCUCUUCCGCCACCUGCUGCUGCGGCAGAAGAAGCGCAGGGGCUCACUCCCAGAAUGCCCCAUUCCGGAGGACCCCGCCAUCGCCCAGCUGCUUAAGAAACUGCUCUCGCAGGUCAGAGGGCGGGGGUGAUGUGUCUCAAUGUGACAUGGAUGGGAAAUGUAUGUUCCCCAUAUAAUGCACAACUUUUGACCGUUAUUGUUAUGAUGAUGAUCGACGAUGAUGAUGAUGAUGAUGAUGAUAAUUGUUUAUUCUAGGGGAUGACAGAGGCUGAAGAGGACAAGCUGCUAGCACUGAAGGACUUCAUGCUCAAGUCCAACAAGGCCAAGGCCAACAUGGGAGACCAGAGCCACCUGGGGGAGGCGGUCCAGAGUGGGGUCAUUGACCUGGCCACGCUGGGCAUCAUGGGACGUCAGGUGGACCUGGUCAAACCCAAACAGGAGGUCGAGGACAAGCGAGGUAGGGACGCCACUGCCACCUGCUGGUCAAAGUACACCCCUGUAAUAGCAGAGAGGGUGACACAAACCCAAAGGCUGCAUUUACACAGACAGCCCAAUUCUGAUCUUUUGGGCAAUUUUUGUCAAAAGUGCUAAUCUGAUUGGUCAAAAGACGAAUUAAUGAUUGUAAAAAAUUAUUGGAAAUGGGCUGCCUGUGUAAACACAGCCAAAUUGACCCUUAGCCUUAAGACACUUGUGUGUAUAGACACUGAAAGGAUUGGAUAGGUUGAUAUUAUAGUUGAUAUAUUCUCACCAUGUUUGAUGUCAAUUACUUGUCGUUUAUCUGUUUGCAGACUUCAUCGCCACAGCAUCUGGUAUAUUGCUGGUGUAGUUUAUCCUGUAAUGAUGUGCAUAACAAAUAAUCCCAUCCAGACAUAAUUUCCCCCAGAUUACCCACAUCGCCUCAUUACAUUUAAUUCAUUUGAUGGGUUAAACUGCGUCAGGAGAAGCAUAGUUUUCACAUUUUCUCAUGACCUCUCUAGCUGUCUACACACGACAGAGCAGUACAUGUUAGUGUUCAGCACAUACACAUCUCCUUUUCCCUGUAGUCAAAUAAAAUGUCAGACUGGCCUUGAGUUCUGUUAACAUACCAGGCAGACUCCCCUUAGGGGCAUCAAGAUUUGUUAAAAAGACAUGUGUGCUCUCUGGCAGUAGUGUAAACAAUGGAUCUAAGGCCCUUAGUCUGCUUAAGUAUCACUAUACCAGUUAAAUCCCAUAUGGGUCUAGAUAUUAGAUUCCAUGGUAUUGAAUAGAAAGUAUUUAUUCAAGCACAUACUGAAAGAUUGUGUUGUGUAUCUACGCCAUAGGGAUAACAGGUAUAUUAACAUCUAACAUCUUUUGGCGUUUUGGAGUGUUUUUUCAUAGACACUGUUAGUAGCUUGUCUGACACAACUUACCGUGGGCUAAGAGUGACUGUGUGUUGCAGCUGGUAUGUUUCAAUCGCAUGGAACUGUCCUUUUGGAGUGUUGGACUGCUGCUGGUGACUAAUUUAACUACUCACCCUAACAUGUCCUGUUAUUAGCAUAUCUCCCAGCUCCAACUGCUUUGUGUAGUCUGGUGGUCUUAAAACCUGUUGUAUCUGCAUUGGCCUUCAACUCCUUUAACGCCUGCCAUCUCCCAUUAGUAUUUUCAUUAGAUGUUAGAAACCGUAGUGCCUUCUCCAUGGCUUAUUGGAAUAGCUGAAAAUAGGUAGGCCCCUUCAACUUAAUGACUAUUCAAUCCAACGGUCCCCAAGCUUUUGACCUCCAGUGCUGAAUGCUUCUUAACUAGUGUUUCUUAGCUUUUUCUUGGUUUUUUUUCUCUCUCGCUUCAGCACGGAAACACACCAAACAGGACUCAAACAUGAAUGAAGAGUGGAAGAGCAUGUUUGGCUCUCAGGAGCCAGCGGCUACAGCACCACAGCCCCCGACGGUACAUAACGGGUUAACCUAUGAUGUCUGUUAGGAAUGGGGGGGGGGGGGAAGCGAGGGUUGAUUGAUAGAUAUACUAAGUGAUUGAUUUAAUAGCCUGGUCCAGUCUGGUAGUCUAUCUUCUAUCUCUGUGUACUCCACCAGGUGCCUGAAGGGGCGGGGACUCAGACCAGGAAGAGCACAGCCUCCCCUGGUGUCCCUGUGGGGCAGUCUGCAGGUGCAGUCUCCACCUACCAGCGUCGUCUCAACACGUGCAAGGCGGAACUUCAACAUCUGGUGCAGCAGAAGAGGGAGCAGUGCAGCGCAGAGCGCAUGGCCAAGCAGAUGAUGGAGAGCGCUGAAUGGGAGAGCCGUCCGCCUCCGCCAGGUAAAGUAGUGCCACUGACACAACAUAGGCUAGGCCAUAAUCACUCCACAAGUGAUUCUUUUUUGGUCAUUGUAUUAUUGAAUAUACCACUAGCGGUGUGUUUCUUGCCAAUUUGGAUUAAGCACAGCAGAAAUGUCAACAAGCAGUAGGGUUAGUCGGGGCCCGUCCACAUUGUGUUGUUGUUUUGUUCUGCAGGGUGGCACCCUAAGGGUCUUCUAGUGGCCCACCUCCAUGAGCACAAGUCUGCUGUCAACCGUAUCCGUGUGUCAGACGAGCACUCCAUCUUCGCCACGGCCUCCAACGACGGCACCGUCAAGGUCUGGGACAGCCAGAAGAUGGAGGGAAAAACCACCACCACCAGGUAUGCUAACCAAGUAGUAACCAAUAACCAACCAGUUAACCAAGUAGUAACCAACAACCAACCAGUUAACCAAGUACAGUGAGGGAAAAAAGUAUUUGAUCCCCUGCUGAUUUUGUACGUUUGCCCACUGACAAAGAAAUGAUCAGUCUAUAAUUUUAAUGGUAGGUUUAUUUCAACAGUGAGAGACAGAAUAACAACAAAGAAAUCCAGAAUAACGCAUGUCAAAAAUGUUAUAAAUUGAUUUGCAUUUUAAUGAGGGAAAUAAGUAUUUGACCCCCUCUCAAUCAGACAGAUUUCUGGCUCCCAGGUGUCUUUUAUACAGGUAACGAGCUGAGAUUAGGAGCACACUCUUAAAGGGAGUGCUCCUAAUCUCAGUUUGUUACCUGUAUAAAAGACACCUGUCCACAGAAGCGAUCAAUCAAUCAGAUUCCAAACUCUCCACCAUGGCCAAGACCAAAGAGCUCUCCAAGGAUGUCAGGGACAAGAUUGUAGACCUACACAAGGCUGGAAUGGGCUACAAGACCAUCGCCAAGCAGCUUUGCGAGAAGGUGACAACAGUUGGUGCGAUUAUUCGCAAAUGGAAGAAACACAAAAUAACUGUCAAUCUCCCUCGGCCUGGGGCUCCAUGCAAGAUCUCACCUCGUGGAGUUACAAUGAUCAUGAGAACGGUGAGGAAUCAGCCCAGAACUACAUGGGAGGAUCUUGUCAAUGAUCUCAAGGUAGCUGGGACCAUAGUCACCAAGAAAACAAUUGGUAACAUACUACGCCAUGAAGGACUGAAAUCCUGCAGCGCCCGCAAGGUCCCCAUGCUCAAGAAAGCACAUAUACAUGCCCAUCUGAAGUUUGCCAAUGAACAUCUGAAUGAUUCAGAGGAGAACUGGGUGAAAGUGUUGUGGUCAGAUGAGACCAAAAUGGAACUCUUUGGCAUCAACUCAACUCGCCGUGUUUGGAGGAGGAGGAAUGCUGCCUAUGACCCCAAGAACACCAUCCCCACCGUCAAACAUGGAGGUGGAAACAUUAUGCUUUGGGGGUGUUUUUCUGCUAAGGGGACAGGACAACUUCACCGCAUCAAAGGGACGGGGCCAUGUACUGUCAAAUCUUGGGUGAGAACCUCCUUCCCUCAGCCAGGGCAUUGAAAAUGGGUUGUGGAUGGGUAUUCCAGCAUGACAAUGACCCAAAACACACAGCCAAGGCAACAAAGGAGUGGCUCAAGAAGAAGCACAUUAAGGUCCUGGAGUGGCCUAAAUCUGUGGAGGGAGCUGAAGGGUCGAGUUGCCAAACGUCAGCCUCGAAACCUUAAUGACUUGGAGAAGAUCUGCAAAGAGGAGUGGGACAAAAUCCCUCCUGAGAUGUGUGCAAACCUGGUGGCCAACUACAAGAAACGUCUGACCUCUAUGAUUGCCAACAAGGGUUUUGCCACCAAGUACCGUACUAAGUCAUGUUUUGCAGAGGGGUCAAAUACUUAUUUCCCUCAUUAAAAUGCAAAUCAAUUUAUAACAUUUUUGACAUGCGUUUUUCUGGAUUUUUGUUGUUGUUAUUCUGUCUCUCACUGUUCAAAUAAACCUACCAUUAAAAUUAUAGACUGAUCAUGUCUUUGUCAGUGGGCAAACAUACAAAAUCAGCAGGGGACCAAAUACCUUUUUCCCUCACUGUAGUAACCAACAACCAACCAGUUAACCAAGUAGUUGUGGUUGCCUCCCCUAUUUUUAGUUGAAUGAGAGAGAGAAGAGAGAAUGUUUUUUUCAACAGUACAAGUGGCAGCAACAUGCUGAAUUGUGAGUGCAAAAAAAUGAUGUUCAUCAACUGUUCAGCAGGUGAAGCAUGGUUGGGAUGGCGCUGCAACCGAAACGCUCAGUCCUGCAGUGGAUGAGCUCCAGUUUAGCUAAAGCUGGAAUCCGUAGCGGUGAAACUGACACGUCCGUUCGCGAUAUUACAACAACAAAGACGUUACUUCAAACAACAAACAUCGUUUUUUCCCCCUCGGAGAUCAUUGAAUGUCAUUGAACGCGCGAUAGAACAGCAGAUUAUGAACUAUGAUUUUUGUUUACCACGAUGCAGGAUGCUCCUUUGCCACAUUUCAAAAACAAUAACAAAUGCGCCUGCGGCCACCAGUGGCUCUGUUUCACCUUAUGCAGAUCUCAGCUUUAAGGAGUGGUUCUGGUGUAGACUUAGACCAUCAUUGGGGUGGGAGCAUAUGGCAGAAGGGAUCGUAUUUUAGAAGUGAUCUUACAAAGGAUCUCAAGACUUUCUCAGCAUGUGUAGAGUGAUGGUAGGUCCAGAUUGGUGUGUAAAGUGAUGGUAGGUCCAGAUUGGUGUGUAAAGUGAUGGUAGGUCCAGAUUGGUGUGUGUAGAUGGUAGGUCCAGAUUGGUGUGUAAAGUGAUGGUUGGUCCAGAUUGGUGUGUGUAGUGAUGGUAGGUCCAGACUGGUGUGUGUAGUGAUGGUAGGUCCAGACUGGUGUGUGUAAGUGAUGGUAGGUCCAGAUUGGUGUGUGUGAUGGUUUAGGUAGGUCCAGAUGGUGUGUAGUGAUGGUAGGUCCAGACUGGUGUGUGUAGUGAUGGUAGGUCCAGAUUGGUGUGUGUAGUGAUGGUAGGUCCAGAUUGGUGUGUAGUGAUGGUAGGUCCAGAUUGGUGUGUGUAGUGAUGGUAGGUCCAGACUGGUGUGUGUAGUGAUGGUAGGUCCAGAUUGGUGUGUGUAGUGAUGGUAGGUCCAGAUUGGUGUGUGUAGUGAUGGUAGGUCCAGAUUGGUGCAUUCAUCUGAGUAGGUGUUGUGUAAGUGUACCCAUCUUUAGAUUGUUUAAUGUUUCAACUAAUUAAUCUGGUUGUUAUAUCCAUAACUUUUUAUUCUAAGCCAAUCAGAUGUUUUGUUGACCGUUAUGUGUAAAUUCCCGCUAGUGGACAAUUUCAAGCUGCAAAAGAACUUUGGUGCUGAGGCUAGCCUUAGAUAUACACAUUUCCCAGAUAUUUUUAGUACCUCUCACAUCAUUUUACAUAAAGUAUGAUCACUUAAGAGAUUCAUGUGCUGAUAUAUGCACAUGAUAGCAUAUUUCAUGAGCAUUCAUUACUAUUUCUUGCCAAUUUUUAAAAUGUUUUUUUUUUUUAAAUGCUAGCAGUCAUGCCUGCAUUUCACAGUCAAACAGUAGCAACAUCAUUUGGUGAACUACAACAAGAUAAUAGAUUUCAGGCAUUCAAAGCUUAUAUUUUUAAAUCCAUUUUAUCUUAUUUUACUGUUACAUUAACCUAGCGUUGUUAUACAUAGAUGCAAAUGUUACAUUUAUCUCAGGUGGGCUUAAAGGGUACAGUAGCACAAAAAGCACUCUCUCUAUACAGAAUGUAAAUUACUAAAAAUAUAUAUUGUUCAAUAUAAUCAAUACUAACUUUGCAUAAUAUUGUAGUCUAUAGUGUAUAUUUAUACCCAAAACCAUUGGUCUCCAAAUAUUUGAUGAGUAGACUUUGCUAUUUUGUCUUUCACCAUAAACCACUGUUCCAAUUAAGCCCGGUAUGCUCCUAUUAACCCCGGUUUGCAUUGAUACACAUGGGGAUAGGGUGUUGAUAUCCCUAAUAUUCAAUGAACAUGAGCAUAAAUAUAUUUAAGAUUUAAGUUGAUUAAAACACACAAACUACAGUUAUGCAUAUUGUGUAUCUAGCCAUGGUGCCUUUACCAAGAUGAGAAACAAUUAGGAACAAUUAGAAACCUCUGUACUCUCUCCAAGACGUUUGGAGUGGACAGGAAGUCAUUGAUGCAGAGAGAAUAGAAUAAGACCAGGGUUGAGGGGUAUCAGGGGUAGAAGACCUGCAAGUGGUGGACAAAAAUGCUAACAAAUGAGGGACAAGAAGAUUACUAUUGGACGACUACUUCUGCACUUUCGGGUGGGAGCAUUGUCAUUUUGUUGUCUUUCAUUCAUCCAGGUGAUUCCGUUUUUCAUUCAUCCAGGUGAUUCCAUCUGUUAUGGGUGCUACAUCCAUUGCUGAUCAGUUUAUUUUAAUAACUUUAUGGGAGAUUAAUAUAAUCUAAUUUUACAUAAGAAAUGUCUGUUUGGAAGUUUUGAAUAUUUUGGAAAUGAAUUAAAAUGUAUUAUUUUAGAGGUGGGCUAAUUUGGAACACCCAUGGCUUAAAGGGUACACUCAAUACCCAUUAAGCCCAGUCCGGACUUUGCACAUCAUUUAUAAAAAUGUGUAUGUAUUAUAUAUAUAUAUUUUUAAGUAAAACUUCACAUGAGAGAUUCAUCUUUCAUGUUAUCUCCACUGUUUGUAUAGAAAAUGAGGGCAGUAUAUGUUAGAAAUGUCUAAACUUAGAUUGUGGUGGGCUUAAUAGGGACACACCCUAGUUUAGCUGAGUAGGUGGUGAAUACCGUUACCAGGAUAUAGGAGGUGGAUACCGUUACCAGGAUAUAGGAGGUGAAUACCGUUACCAGGAUAUAGGAGGUGGAUACCGUUACCAGGAUAUAGGAGGUGAAUACCGUUACCAGGAUAUAGGAGGUGAAUACCGUUACCAGGAUAUAGGAGGUGAAUACCGUUACCAGGAUAUAGGAGGUGAAUACCGUUACCAGGAUAUAGGAGGUGAAUACCGUUACCAGGAUAUAGGAGGUGAAUACCGUUACCAGGAUAUAGGAGGUGAAUACCGUUACCAGGAUAUAGGAGGUGAAUACCGUUACCAGGAUAUAGGAGGUGAAUAGCGUUACCAGGAUAUAGGAGGUGAAUAGCGUUACCAGGAUAUAGGAGGUGAAUAGCGUUACCAGGAUAUAGGAGGUGAAUAGCGUUACCAGGAUAUAGGAGGUGAAUAGCGUUACCAGGAUAUAGGAGGUGAAUACCGUUACCAGGAUAUAGGAGGUGAAUACCGUUACCAGGAUAUAGGAGGUGGAUACCGUUACCAGGAUAUAGGUGGUGAAUACCGUUACCAGGAUAUAGGAGGUGAAUACCGUUACCAGGAUAUAGGAGGUGAAUACCGUUACCAGGAUAUAGGAGGUGAAUACCUGUUACCAGGAUAUAGGAGGUGAAUACCGUUACCAGGAUAUAGGAGGUGAAUACCCUUAGCAGGAUAUAGGAGGUGAAUACCCUUAGCAGGAUAUAGGAGGUGAAUACCCUUAGCAGGAUAUAGGAGGUGAAUACCCUUAGCAGGAUAUAGGAGGUGAAUACCCUUAGCAGGAUAUAGGAGGUGAAUACCCUUACCAGGAUAUAGGUGGUGAAUACCGUUACCAGGAUAUAGGUGGUGAAUACCGUUACCAGGUCCUCUUUAGGUACAGUGCCUUCAGAAAGUAUUCAUACCCCUUGACUUUGACCACAUUUUGUUGUGUUACAGCCUGAAUUCAAAAUGUAUUAACAAUAUUUCGGCUCCACACAAUACCCCAUAAUGACGAAGUCAAAACACGUUUUUUUGAGAUUUUUGCCAAUUUAUUGAAAAUGAAAUACAGAAAUAUCUCAUUUAUAUUUAACAAAAAUAUAAACACAACAUGCAACAAUUUCAAAGAUUUUACUGAGUUACCGUUCAUAGAAGGGAAUCAGUCAAUUGAAAUACAGUGGGGAAAAAAAGUAUUUAGUCAGCCACCAAUUGUGCAAGUUCUCCCACUUAAAAAGAUGAGAGAGGCCUGUAAUUUUCAUCAUAGGUACACGUCAACUAUGAAAGACAAAUUGAGAUUUUUUUUUCCAGAAAAUCACAUUGUAGGAUGUGUAAUUAAUUUAUUUGCAAAUUAUGGUGGAUAAUAAGUAUUUGGUCACCUACAAACAAGCAAGAUUUCUGGUUCUCACAGACCUGUAACUUCUUCUUUAAGAGGCUCCUCUAUCCUCCACUCGUUACCUGUAUUAAUGGCACCUGUUUGAACUUGUUAUCAGUAUAAAAGACACCUGUCCACAACCUCAAACAGUCACACUCCAAACUCCACUAUGGCCAAGACCAAAGAGCUGUCAAAGGACACCAGAAACACAACUGUAGACCUGCACCAGGCUGGGAAGAUUGAAUCUGCAAUAGGUAAGCAGCUUGGUUUGAAGAAAUCAACUGUGGGAGCAAUUAUUAGGAAAUGGAAGACAUACAAGACCACUGAUAAUCUCCCUCGAUCUGGGGCUCCACGCAAGAUCUCACCCCGUGGGGUCAAAAUGAUCACAAGAACGGUGAGCAAAAAUCCCAGAACCACACGGGGGGACCUAGUGAAUGACCUGCAGAGAGCUGGGACCAAAGUAACAAAGCCUACCAUCAGUAACACACUACGCCGCCAGGGACUCAAAUCCUGCAGUGCCAGACGUGUCCCCCUGCUUAAGCCAGUACAUGUCCAGGCCCGUCUGAAGUUUGCUAGAGUGCAUUUGGAUGAUCCAGAAGAGGAUUGGGAGAAUGUCAUAUGGUCAGAUGAAACCAAAAUAUAACUUUUUGGUAAAAACUCAACUCGUCGUGUUUGGAGGACAAAGAAUGCUGAGUUGCAUCCAAAGAACACCAUACCUACUGUGAAGCAUGGGGGGUGGAAACAUCAUGCUUUGGGGCUGUUUUUCUGCAAAGGGACCAGGACGACUGAUCCGUGUAAAGGAAAGAAUGAAUGGGGCCAUGUAUCGUGAGAUUUUGAGUGAAAACCUCCUUCCAUCAGCAAGGGCAUUGAAGAUGAAACGUGGCUGGGUCUUUCAGCAUGACAAUGAUCCCAAACACACCGCCCGGGCAACGAAGGAGUGGCUUCGUAAAAAGCAUUUCAAGGUCCUGGAGUGGCCUAGCCAGUCUCCAGAUCUCAACCCCAUAGAAAAUCUUUGGAGGUAGUUGAAAGUCUGUGUUGCCCAGCGACAGCCCCAAAACAUCACUGCUCUAGAGGAGAUCUGCAUGGAGGAAUGGGCCAAAAUACCAGCAACAGUGUGUGAAAACCUUGUGAAGACUUACAGAAAACGUUUGACCUGUGUCAUUGCCAACAAAGGGUAUAUAAGUAUUGAGAAACUUUUGUUAUUGACCAAAUACUUAUUUUCCACCAACAUUUGCAAAUAAAUUCAUUAAAAAUCCUUUAAUGUGAUUUCUGGAUUUUUUUUCUCAUUUUGUCUGUCAUAGUUGACGUGUACCUAUGAUGAAAAUUACAGGCCUCUCUCAUCUUUUUAAGUGGGAGAACUUGCACAAUUGGUGGCUGACUAAAUACUUUUUUUCCCCACUGUACAUUCAUUAGGCCCUAAUCUAUGGAUUUCACAUGACUGGGCAGGGGCGCAGCCAUGAGUGGGCCUGGGAGGGCAUAGGCCCACCCACUAGGGAGCCAGGCCCAGCCAAUCGGAAUUCGUUUUUCCCCACAAAAGGGCUGUAUUACAGACAGAAAUAUUCCUCAGCACUCAAGACUCAAGACAUUUCAGCUUUUCAUUUUGAAUUAAUUAAAACAAAAUUCUAAAAACAGAAUUCCACUUUGACAUUAUGGGGUAUUGUGUGUUGGACAGUGACACAAAAUCUUAAUUUAAUACAUUUUAAAUUCAGGCUGUAUCACAACAAAAUGUGGAAAAAGUCAAGGGGUGUGAAUACUUUCUCAAGGUACUGUAUAUGUAGGUGUUUAAGGCGUCGGAGGAGGAACAGACAUCAGCUCGCCUUUUCACAGAUGUGCUCUACCGGUGUUGACCAUCUUAGAUUUCCUUGGAAUGCACUCUGGAUAAGAGCUUCGCUCUGGAUAAGAGCAUCUGCUAUAAAUGACCAAAACGUUGAUGGAAAAAGUAAUGAACAACAGGCCUCAAUCCAACCUGUGUGAAUGUUUUGAUGCUGUUUUAUAGGUCAGUGCUGACGUACUCUCGCAUCGGGGGCCACGUGAAGACGUUGACCUUCUGUCAGGGGUCACAUUACCUGGCUGCUGCCUCAGACAACGGUUCCAUCCAGCUCCUGGCCAUUGAGGCCAACAAGCCUCCCAAAUCACCCAAGGUUAACCCCUUUCAGACCAGGUAUGUACUACCCAUCAGGUGUUUAUGAUGCAUAAAGAUGGUUUUAUUUACUGUAGUUUAUAUAAUUAUAAUUAUUAUUUAUUGGCAUUAUAUAGCGCUUUUCUACGAACUGAGGUACUCCAAGCGCUUUACAUAGUAAGGGGGAAAACUCACCUCAUCCACCACCAAUGGACUUGCAGUAUCAUGUAGUUAUCAUGAUCAUGCCGUAUCAUUUAGAUGCCACAGUGUAAUAAUUAGUUAGUUAUAACUACACAGUAACUGUUAUAUCGACUGUCCUCUCAGGUUCCUGGACCAGAAGGAUGACGGCUGCGUGGUGGACGUCCACCAUUUUAAUUCUGGAGCCCAGUCUGUGCUGGCCUACGCCACGGUGAACGGCUCCCUGGUGGGCUGGGACCUGCGCUCCAACUCCAACGCCUGGACCCUCCGCCACGACCUCCGACUGGGCCUUAUCACCUCCUUCACCGUGGACAUGCACCAGUGCUGGCUCUGCCUAGGUACGUGGGUGUUGGUGUGAGCACGUGGGUGGAUGUGGGUCGUGUGUGGUGCAUGUCGUGUGUAUGAAAAAUGUAAAUGAAUUUAGUCUGAAAACCGUAUUGUACUUAAACAGAGUUGUGACUUAUCUGACAUGCAUUUAUCAGGAGUCAACUGAAUCCUAUUCUGAUUAUUCCACACACAGGUACAAGCAGCGGCACUAUGGCAUGCUGGGACAUGCGGUUCCAGCUCCCCAUCUCAAACCACUCCCACCCUGCCCGAGCACGAAUCAGACGGCUGCUCAUGCACCCGCUCUACCAAUCCUCCGUCAUCGCUGGUGAGACUCGAUGUCAUCAUAUUUUUUAUCUUUAUUAACAAAACUCAACUUUUUGGGGUCUUUCUUUGAGGGGAAAUUCAAACUAUUAUUUGUGUAUUUUGUUGCUGUUUUGUAGCAGUCCAGGGCAACAAUGAGGUAUCCAUGUGGGACAUGGAGACUGGGGACAGGAAGUUCACGCUGUGGGCCAGCUCUGCUCCCCCUCUCUCAGAGAUGCAGCCGUCCCCCCACAGUGUCCAUGGGAUCUACUGCAGCCCUGCAGACGGGAACCCCCUCCUCCUCACAGCCGGCUCCGACAUGAGAAUCAGGUAUGGUUGCUAUACUCUUGACUGGACUAACCAUCCUUCUGAUAUAUUUAACCCAGUUUUGACCACAUAUGUUUACCGGAUGACAUUUUAAGUUUGUGUUUGAUGAUGUGGCUUAGCCAAGAAGUGUGUUGGAAUACGUUUGCUUUUUUUGUUGUGAGUUAAGUCUUUUUUCUAUACUGUGUGUGUGUGUGUGUGUUUAUUCCCAGGUUCUGGGACUUGGCCUACCCAGAGAGGUCCUACAUCGUGGCAGGUGGAGCCAAUGAACCGCUGCACUGUCCCUCAGUCCUCUACAGCCGCAAGAUCAUCGAGGGCACCGAGGUUGUACAGGUAUGCCCUGAUAGGACGGCGGCGGUGUAUUCAGUGUAUUCCUCUAAGCACCUGGUCCUACAAUGAGGUGUUCAAUACAGAAUCUUUGUCGCCGGAGAGCAAUUAAUUUGCAGCAUUAUAAACCUGUAUGACUAAGAAACAACAGACCGGUAGAGAUUGACCUACAUUCCCUGUCCUGUCAUUCCCUGCAGGAGAUCCACAGCAAACAGAAGAGUGGAGCCACAGAGGACACCCCGCGCAGGGGCCCCGAGUCCCUCCCCGUGGGCCACCAUGACAUCAUCACUGACAUCGCCACCUUCCAGACCACACAGGGCUUCAUCGUCACUUCGUCCAGAGACGGCAUCGUCAAAGUCUGGAAAUAA